AGUCGGGCGCGUCCCCGGCGCUCGUGGAGCCGCUUCCCUCAAGCCCUGCCCGACGCUGCCCGAGCCGGGGCUCUCCGCGGCCCUCGGGACGGGGAAAAGGAGGAGCCGCCUUAAGCCGCCCGAACUCCCUCGGCCUCCUCAAGGGGCCCGGCGGGGGGUGUCGCUGCGCCACCCCCCCCUCUCAUGGCGGCCCCUCUGAAGAAGGGCCCCGGGGGCCUCAUCGGCCUCAUGAAGGACGCCUUCCAGCCCCACCACCACCACCUCGGCCCCCACCAGCCCUGCACCGUGGACAAGAAGAUGGUUGAGAAGUGCUGGAAGCUGAUGGACAAGGUUGUGCGUUUAUGUCAGAACCCCAAGUUGGCCCUAAAGAACAGCCCUCCCUACAUUCUAGACCUCCUUCCCGAUACCUACCAGCACCUGCGAACCAUCCUGUCCUGCUACGAGGGAAAGAUGGAGACUCUGGGGGAGAACGAAUACUUCCGGGUGUUCAUGGAAAACUUGAUGAAGAAGACAAAACAAACCAUCAGCCUCUUUAAGGAAGGAAAAGAAAGAAUGUAUGAAGAGAAUUCCCAGCCUAGGCGCAACCUGACCAAAUUGUCCCUGAUCUUCAGCCACAUGCUGGCAGAACUGAAAGGCAUCUUCCCAAAUGGACUCUUCCAAGGAGACACUUUCCGAAUCACGAAGGCCGAUGCAGCCGAGUUUUGGAGAAGAGCCUUCGAGGAGAA